CACAACCAAGAGCCAACAGAGCAACGCCCAGGCACACACGACACGAACCAGGCAACCAGCUGCCGAGGGAGGAACCCUAGCGGAACACUGUGCAGGUGACGGCGGCGCGCUACCGGUGACGGGGGAUACGGCGGCAUCGUCCCCCUCGGCCCCUCCUCCAUCCCCGGCGCGGCGGCGCCAGCAGCCGGCCUGCAGGAUCAAGACUACCCAGCCAGGUUCUACAGACCCUCAAAACCUUAAUCGUUAGAUCAUCGCCGUUCUCAUGAAGGUUUUGCAGGUUUCACACUUCUUAUCAUGGAUGAUAAGAACAAAGUCAAGAAGGAAAUAGAUGGCCCCCUUGGACCCCCACCUCGCAAGGGGGGACUUAAAUUCGCACCAAAAGUACCUCAGAAGAAACCUGCCAAGGUUGUCCCAAAGAAGGAACCGGUUGAAGAGAGAAAGGAGGAUGCUUUGGAUAAGGAGUUAUUGAUGAAACUUAAGAUGUCGCAAAACAAGUAUCCCUCAAGAAUUAAGUCCGACGAAAAGCCAAGAAGUGGUACACAGGUUGCAUUUGGACAAGGAAACUCUUAUUAUGCAAGAAAUUUUCCCAUGCCCAAAAAGGAUUCUUCAGCAGGUGGAGCUUCGAAGUUACCAAAAGAAUAUGCAGAACCAUGGGACUAUAGCCAUGAUUAUCCUGUUACUCUCCCACUAAGGAAGCCCUACUCUGGAAAUCCUGAAAUUCUGGAUGAGGAAGAAUUUGGAGAAUCUUCUGCCAGCAGGACCCAAGAUGAUGAAUUAUCUGCAGCAGAGCAGCUUGGAUUAAUGGAUAUGUCGUCGGAAUCACAGUUCCUCUUCUUCCAGUUGCCAUCCUCUCUUCCUUUACCGAGGCAGCCACAAUCAGGUGCUGACCCUAACGAAGUCCGCGAUGAGAAACGUGAGGACAUGAGGCCAUCAUCGCACAAUGGCUCGAAACUCAAAGAGGUUCCUGAAGGCUAUAUGGGGAAAAUGCUCGUAUAUAAGAGUGGUAAAGUGAAGAUGAAGAUAGGAGACACUCUCUUUGAUGUUUCAUUUGGCUCGAAUUGCAUGUUUUCCCAGGAGGUUGCAGCAAUCAACAUCAGAGAAAAACAUUGCUGUACGGUGGGAGAGAUCAGCAAGCGUGCUAUCAUCACCCCAGAUAUUAACUACAUGUUGGGUUCUGUUGACAAGAUGGAAGAAUAGUCCAUUGGUUUCUUUCGCGCAAACCAUAUAGACCAUAUUAUGCCAUUACAAGAUAGUUUUGCUUUCUUAUAGAGAACGACCUGUGAUACCCUCUCAGACUUCUUCAAGAAAAGAUGCCUCAAACAAAGGAAUGUGCCUAAUUUGACACUGCCGUUAGUUUCCACAGCAAA